CACAAGAUGGCAUUGCUACGAAUUAGCUCAAGUUAGAGUAGAAAUAUUGAAACUGCGAAGCGCACACAGCUGCUGACCGGGAAGUAGUAUUUUAAACACAGGAAGGCGGUAUUUUCAGCGUUUCUGUUUAAAAGUGCAUAGAAAGUGGUGCUAUGGCAAAGGUUGAUCUGUCCGUGCAUCGCACUCAUACAGCUUGAACAUUUGCUUUAUUAAUGCUGUAUGUGUCCCGCUUGCUAAAACUGCACGCGUUAUUAUUGCUGCGAGCUCCGAAGCAAGCAGAGAUGUCUGUAAUGUGUGAGAGCUCUGCUGGUUGGUUGCUUGAUGAGCUCAAGCUGAUCAAUAAAUGGUACCACAAAGGCGAAGUUUUUGGUGCUGCUCAGUGUUGGAAUCCUACAAAAUUCUGUGAGACCCUUUACAGUUUUAGGGAAGAUUUUUUCAUGAUCUUUAAACCUCACAUAACAUCUCAAACCUCUCUGACUUCUUCAGGAUCGUUUGAUCCAGAUUAUAAGGAUUUGACGAAGCUGGGCAACAGUACAACUUCUCAAAGCAAGACUGUCAAAAAGAAACGUAAGCAGUCAAAUGCUUUUAACCAAGGUGAACUGGAUGCAAUGGAGUAUCACAAAAAGAUAAGUCAUCUAAUUUCAGAAGGGUCCCAACCUUUGAUUGAAGAAGGGCUCAAGAAAGGAUUUCUUCAACAGCUCUCUGAAAGUGAGGAUAAAAAAGCAAAGAUUAUACCUGGUGAAUGCAAAAAUAACUGUGGUUUGGCUGACUUGUGUGAUAUGGCAAAGCAUAUACCUUUUUCCAGUGAACAUACAGUGCAGCUGCUUAGCAAUGAGACUCUUCCACUUCAAGACACAGACUUGUUAAACAACAUGACAGAAAACAAUACAGAUCGGCCACAAAUCAUAAAUUUGCUUGGGGAGAAGUAUCUAGUCCCAUCCAAAAGUAGAUUUCUUUUAUCAGAUAUAACCUGUUUGGAAUCUCUUCUACAAUGUAAAAGAAGAUACAAUAUUAUCAUUAUUGAUCCGCCAUGGGAGAAUAAAUCUGUAAAGAGAAGCAAAAGGUACAAUUACUUGUCUACACAGGAAAUAAAACAACUUCCUAUACCUGCGUUGGCAGCUUCAAGUUGCCUUGUGAUCACUUGGGUAACUAACAGGCAGAAACACCUGAAGUUUGUGAAGGAGGAACUUUAUCCUUAUUGGGGUGUGAAAACACUAACAGAAUGGCACUGGGUAAAGAUAACAAGAUGUGGCGAAUUUGUUUUUCCUCUUGAUUGCCAUAAAAAACCAUAUGAAAUCCUGGUACUUGGACAUAAUACAGGCUACGGAUAACUGACAAGAAGGUAAAAUCAAAUUGAAAUGACACUCCCUAUUCCACAACACAAGUUAAUUAUCAGUGUUCCUUGCACUCUUCAUACCCACAAGCCACCUCUCUCAGAGGUAUUGAAAGAAUAUGUCAAACCAAAUGCUGAGUGUUUGGAGCUGUUUGCCCGUAACCUGCAGCCAAGGUGGACCAGCUGGGGAAACGAGGUUCUCAAAUUCCAGCACAUGGAUUACUUUGUUCCCCUUGAGAUUUCUGAACGGACAAAACACUUGGAAAAGGGCAAAUUCAAAUAGGCAAGCAAAGUGGAUAACUAUGUAUAAUACACAAUAAACAUUUCUUUCCUUUUCUUCAGAUAUGUUUUAGAGUGAAAAAAUCCUAGCAACAAAAAAAGACUAUAAUACUCCAUUACUGCAAUUGAUUCUGGCACAGAAAGGUUAACCAUGUAGGUAAUAUGAAAGAGAUUGAUCUGUGCCACUGCCUUAUGUUCUGAUAAACAUCUAAAUAAAAUUGCAGUGCAAUAUAUAUUUCCCUCUUGGAUGAAAAGAUAAUUUGUCACAUUUUUUGCCAUUUUGCAGUCACAAUAUAAAAUUAUUAAGUUUCAUGAAAGACAAUGGCCUCAGGUGUUGAUUUAUGAUUUUUCUUUUCCUCAUUUUCUUCUUUGUUGAUAUUUUCCAUUAAAUAUGUGUAAAAAGAAACAGAUUUUUUUUUAAUUUUAUAUCUACAUUGAUGUUUACUUGUGUCCCAGAUUAACUAUUCCGCAUACAGACAUUAUUAACUGCAAUAAAUAUUCCAUGAUGCAUAAAGCCAUUGUUAAAUUUACAGACGAAAAAGAUCUCUUUGGUUAUUUAUCAAGAUGUCGUUAGUUAUGCAGAGAGUUUGCCAUUUGUAAUAAUAAUUUUAUAAACCUGUUUUACAGAUUUCAGAGACAGAAUUGCUGUACUAAAAUUGCUUUAAUGUAAAUUGAAAUAAACAUUUUAAUGAAGAAAUGACCUACUGUUUAUGUGUUAACAAUUCAGUCUUGUACUAUUUUGAUUUUUGGAGCAAUGUUUUUUUGUUUCUUUGUUUUUUUCUUUCUAAAAUUAAAGGAACAGAUCCAAGUAAA